CGGUACUUUUUUAGGGGAAAAAUUAGUAAGAGCUUAUAUUUAGUGAAUCGACUGAAUCGAAAAUAGUAAUGCGGCCUGGAGCUGGCUUGGAGGAUUACAGGGUUUUAUUUUUGUAUUUACGUGCUUGGUCAGAUUUUCUGAAUUUUGUUCUGUUCUUGGAGUCUGAAUUUCUUUUGAUUUUGGAAGAAAUAUUUUUACACACGACCAAACCAUUAUUCGCAAAGUGAUACACACACAGGUCUCACACAGACAGUGAACACGUGUCAGGUGACUUUGGUCUCCUUGACUAUGGACCCAGCAGGAUGAAAAGCCGGUUCAAAAACGAGUGAAUGAAAGGGUCGGAGAGGCAUGCCGGGUGAGGCAGGGCAGUGGUGAGUGUCUGGGCCCACUGAAACCACAACCGCGCACUGUCUCUUCCUGGGGCCUAAAGGGGAGGAUAGCCCCUUAUCAGUGUCAUGGUUUAACCUCUAACUUCUCUGACUGAAAUGGCCGGUCCCCAGGAAAGGGUGACAGUUACCUCCCAAGUCAAGUGAUCCUCACGAGGUUUGUUAAGCAGUCAUCCGGCAUGAUGUAGAAAGCAUACACCCUUCCUCAUUUCCAAGUUUUGGAUUAAUUAUCGUAGCCAAAUACAGAACUGCUAGUAUUUGGCAGUUUAGCAAUUUAGCCCCCGGUGAACUCUUCAGUGGGCGUCAGAUGGAGUUCUCAGCGUCCUGGUGGCCACGGAGUCCCAUCCCUGGAGACAGGGCUGACACGUCACACUGUGGCCCUGAAACUAAUGCUUGUUAAAUUUUUAAAAAAUGGCUGGUCCAGCGCAAUGCAUCCAUUGAAACCAGCGAAUCUUAGAAAGAUGAGGUUUGUAGAUAGAUUUUUUUCCAAAGGAAAACAGCUGCAGAGAGUUGGGUGGGGGACCCUGGGCCCCUCUCUAGGAACCAGUGCCUCCCCCCCGACCCCCACAGCUCCUCAGCCACCUGGACUUGGACGCCUUCCAGAUGGAAACAAAGCCUGAGGUCGGAGACGAAUACAUGACGAGCCCAGACGCACCUGCACGGACGGUGCCUCGUGGGACGAGACGCGGCGUGAGCGCCCGAGCCCUGCAUUGGUCCUGGGACGCCUUUAAUCCUCCGCACCUAGGACGAUGACUCAUGUGAGCGAUGGCGGCACAGCAGGGAGCAUUUUCGACCUGGACUACACGUCCUGGAAGAUCCGCUCAACGCUCGUGGUCGCCGGCUUCGUCUUCUACGUGGGCGUCUUCGUCGUCUGCCACCAGCUGUCAUCCUCCCUGAAUGCCACCUACCGCUCCCUGGUGGCCAGAGAGAAGGUCUUCUGGAACCUGGCGGCCACCCGCGCGGUCUUUGGCGUUCAGAGCACGGCCGCGGGCCUGUGGGCCUUGCUGGCGGACCCCGUGCUCCAGGCCGAUAAGGCGCGCGGCCAGCAGAACUGGUGCUGGUUUCACGUGGCGACGGCAACGGGAUUCUUUCUCUUUGAAAACGUCGCGGUUCACGUGUCCAACGUGCUCUUCCGGACGUUUGACUGGUUUCUGGUCGUCCACCACCUCUUUGCCUUCCUGGGCUUUCUCGGCUCGGUGGUCAACCUCAGAGCCGGCCACUACCUGGCCAUGAUCACGCUGCUCCUGGAGGUCAGCACGCCCUUCACCUGCGUUUCCUGGAUGCUCCUGAAGGCCGGCUGCUCCGACUCCCUGUUCUGGAAGCUGAACCAGUGGCUGAUGAUCCACAUGUUCCACUGCCGCAUGGUGCUCACCUACCACAUGUGGUGGGUGUGCUUCUGGCACUGGGACGGGCUGCGCGGCAGCCUGCACCUUCCGCACCUGGCGCUGUUCCUCGCGGGGCUGGGUCUGCUCACGCUCGUCCUCAACCCCUACUGGACCCAUAAGAAGACGCAGCAGCUCCUGACCCCGGCGGACUGGAACUUCGCGCAGCCGGAGCCCGGAGGCGGGCGGCCCGCGGGGGCCAAUGGCCAGGUGCCGCGGAAGAAGGGGCAGUAGCCGCUCGGGGCCCGGGGCCCCGGGGCGCGGCGGCUGCUGUCCACGGGCUCCGCGAGGUCCCCGCCGCAGACUCCCGCGGAGUGAGGCAGGGACCGUGUUGCCCCCGGCGCUCUUUCCCAGUCACACGAACUGUGCUGAUUUCCCGGUGGCCGCAAAGGGUGUGCAAAGCCCGGCUUUGCCUCUGGGGGCACAUUUUUGCUGUCGCGACCCCGUCGCCUGCUGUGGUUUGCCCCUGCGCGCCUAACCGUGUGCGGCCCUGUCGACCAUCAGGGAGGGCGUCACGGUGGCGGCCGGGCCACCUGUCCAGGAGGAGGGAGUGCUCCCAGUGCCGGGCGUGACUUGGCAUCAGCAACCCUCCCCCGCCCUCCCUCCCCUGCCCCCGUGGUCGUCGGCAUCCGGUCUGUCCGGUCACACGGUCAGCAGUUUGCGUGUCCUGUCUGGUGGUGGUGACCUUCUUAGCCGCAGGGCACUGUCCUCGGACAGAAGGGGUCCUGUUUGGGCCCCUUGUUAGAAUCUCCGUGGGUGGAGAGGCCAGCCUGGCUGCGGUCGCGCCAUCUGGUGGCGAAGCCGCGGGCGGGCCCCGUGCAGGAGUGACCCUCCCCCCCCCCCUUGGGGGACGGAGCCAGCCUGGUGGGUGUGUGUGCUCCAGUGCAGGCUGUGGGGUCGCGCAGCAGGGGAUCUCCAGUAAAACCAGAAGCGUGUAUUCACACUCUCUUGGUCACUUGGUAAAAUAAGGUAGGUGUUCGGUAAUCAGACCUGUCUGGCUAUUAGAGCCGUUUUCAACGGACCGAGUUGCCGGUGUGCUUCCCAACCAGACCCUCGUUCCGCGGCUGGCGUUCCUGAGGGUUUCAGGGCCGGGCACUGGGCGCUCUGCCCUGCGAGCUGCGGGGGGCAGGCAUGCCGCCUUCACUUGCCCCCUCCUCGGGAAGGCGGGCACCAGCCUAGCACGUGUGCGGGGAGGUCCGGGGCCCCCCGCUUCCAAAGCUCGCUUAGGUGCGUGCCUCCACUGUUAGCAGAGAUGUGUCCGCCGAGUAACGGCCUCUCCUGUGAAAGUGAGGGUCCCCACCGCCCCGACUUCCUUUAGUCCGCGAGAACAGGCACCCAGUAGGUCUUGUGUAACAGCAAAGUGCUGCAAAGGGGGUCAUUCCAGCUCACGAGAGGUUUCAGGGGACCGCCCUACUGUGGGCAGUGGGGGACACACAUACAGACAUUUGAUUCUGGCCUGGGGUGUGCAAUUAAAAUUAGGUUUAUUUAUUUUUUUUUUUUUGAAAGCCUCUUUGACGUCUUUGCAAAAAACAUGUGUUUAUUGGUCACGGAAACGUCCGACUCGUGUUUAAGUGACAGGGCGCUCACGGCGGCCAUCUUGGUUACUGCUGCUUCGGCUUUAUGCUUCGGUCGAGAUCCGUAACACCCGUUUAUCUCCUCGUAAGGAGUGAUUGAAGGUACCCCGCACACCGCGUCCCCGCAAAGACGACUAACUCACGAUCCUGCGGCCCCCGCCCUUCUUGUGGAACAGACGUAGCUGGUGUCUUCCGAUGGCACAGAAGCUUAAUAAAGUAACUUAUGUUUAUGGACCCAAAA